AUGACGGGCGAUUUCCGCACCGAAGCUAAAGAGCUUGACCAAUGGAUAGAACAGCUUUAUGAGUGUAAUCAGCUGACAGAGGCCCAAGUUAAGUCUCUGUGUGAGAAAGCGAAAGAUAUUCUCACUAAAGAGUCGAACGUACAAAAUGUCAGAAGUCCGGUAACUGUGUGCGGCGAUGUGCAUGGACAGUUUCAUGACAUGAUGGAACUAUUUCGUAUAGGAGGAAAAUCACCAAAUACCAACUAUUUAUUCAUGGGUGACUAUGUUGAUCGUGGUUACUACUCCGUCGAAACAGUCACCUUACUCGUUGCUAUGAAGGUGAGGUUUAAAGAUAGGAUAACAAUUCUACGUGGUAACCAUGAAAGUCGUCAAAUCACUCAAGUUUAUGGAUUUUACGAUGAAUGUCUACGUAAAUAUGGUAACGCUAAUGUGUGGAAGUAUUUUACUGAUCUGUUCGACUAUCUCCCUCUCACCGCUCUUGUUGAUAAUUCAAUAUUUUGCCUUCAUGGUGGUUUGUCACCGUCAAUAGAUACACUUGACCACAUCAGAGCUUUGGAUAGAAUUCAGGAAGUUCCUCAUGAGUUUGUACUUAUUGUCAGCUUGAGUUGUACAAUACGUGUAUCGCUCUUUACUGGACAGGUAGAAUUAUGGGCUUUAAGCCGUGUCACUUGCAAUAAGUCUUUACGAAAACCAGUGGAUAUGGAGUGUAUACUUCCCAGUAUUGAUGCAAAUUGUCUGCACAACACUUCAGGUCCAAUGUGUGAUCUGUUAUGGUCUGAUCCAGAUGAUCGAGGUGGUUGGGGUAUCAGUCCACGAGGUGCUGGUUAUACCUUUGGACAAGAUAUUUCAGAGACAUUUAAUCAUAGCAAUAAUUUGACACUGGUUAGUCGAGCGCAUCAGCUAGUUAUGGAAGGCUUCAAUUGGUGUCAUGAGCGAAAUGUUGUCACUAUUUUCAGUGCUCCAAACUAUUGUUAUCGAUGUGGUAAUCAAGCAGCUUUAAUGGAGCUUGAUGAUAACUUGAAGUACAACUUUUUGCAGUUCGAUCCUGCUCCACGUCGUGGUGAACCGCAUGUAUCAAGGCGUACACCGGAUUAUUUCUUAUAAAAAUCCAUCUCAUCAAUUGUUGUUAUGUCCCGCUGAAUUGAUUUUGUGAAGUUUCCUUCUUUUCCACAAUCUCUAUCUAUGCAUCCAAACAUCUAAACAGCAACACCAGACAACAAAUAAACAAGGAACAACAACAACAGCCAAAUAUACACGAAAUCAUGAUUUCUCCGGUUGAUAAUAUUCUAUUCUAUAUUCUAUUUGAAUUGUUGUAUGCAUAUGAAUAUAUAAUACUACUAAUAAUACUAUUAUAAUACUAAUGCAAAAAAGCUUUUGUUUUACAAUAACUGUUCUGUUCUCUCUGUGUUCUCUGUUCUCUCUCCUCUCUGCAACACCCAACCCUGCCGUCGCACACUCCUUUCUCAACUGUGUUUGACAGACUAGGAUGGAUAUUUCAACGAUACGUAUAAAAGUUUGCCUUAUGAUGAACUAAAAAAAGUGUUAUUUUAUCAAUAGCCUUUAUUUUUUUGUCUACUACUGAGUGAUGUGUGAAGCAAGCACAGUUGUGCUGUUCUUGUGGAGUCCAUCAUCAUCACCGUCACCAGCAUAGCCAUCGUCGUGCGAGCACCUCGAUUUGAUGAAUUAAAUUAAGGAAAACAUUUUGCUGCAUGUACACUGAAUGGCUGACUGACUCUUGUCUACUUGCUGUUUUGCAUUGAGGCUGUGUCUCCCUCUCUGUACAACACAAAGGAAGUUGUGAAUGAAAGAUAUACUCUGUAGUGGUACAAACACAUUUGAACUUUUCUCUUUUUCAUUUUUAAUUUUAAAUAAAUUCUUUAUUUUUUAACCAAGUAAAAAGCACAAAUUUUUUUAAAAUCAUCAUUUCGAUAAAAAACAAAACAUUUUGUUUCCUUUCUUGCACCCCACCCCCUUGCAACAUCACUUCAAUGUAUUGUGUUGUUUAUCCCAAGUGUAUUUGUGAAAUCUUGAUUACACAAUGAUUUGUCUGCGUGUGUGUGUAUGCUCGCGCGCGCGCGCAUGAGUAGUUGUGUAAUGUAAUGUUAGGGUUCUUUUUUCUUGAAGGCCUGGUUUCACUAGCACCUCCCUCCCUCCCUCCCUCAACUGUUUUAUGCUAGUUUUAACACUUUCUUUUCUUUUUCAUAUUUUUUAUUCAUUAUUAUUAUUAUUACCAGCAGUUCAGUGAAAUAGAGCAGUAACAACGCAAUCUGUGUGUGUGUGUGUAUGUGAGCGGCUGAAUGUGAUCUCAGUAGGUUUUAUGAACAUUUCAGAAUUAUUCCUAACAAGUUCAUAAUGUAGUGUACCACUACUGCCAUAAUAAUAAUAAUAAUUACUAUUACUCAAUAUCAGUUUAUGAAUGUUUCCUAUACACUCUGAUAUUGUUUUUUCUUAAUGAAUGAAUCCUGUUUCAAUGUUUGCAAAAACUGUCCUUCGAGUUUGUUUGUGUGUAUGUGUGGGUGGAUGGGUGUCUUUCCCCCGCCCCCUCCCCGCAGUUCGAUUCUUUUCUGAUCUCCCCUCUUUUUUGUUUUGCUCAUUCAUCUCUCUCUUUCUCCUUUUUUUGAAUUCUAGUUUUGAACUGUAGUAAAAUUUGGUCAAUCAGUUGAAAAUUGAGUUGAAUAUUUCUAUACAUACACACACAUAUACACAUAUUUGUGUGUGCGUGUGUGUAUAGUCUGAGAGGAGUGUGUGUGUGUGUUUAGCUGUUGUUUGUAUUUUGCAAAAUAUAAACUUGCGAUUGCACAAUUUU